AUGCUCGCGUUCGGGAUCAAGGUGGCAUGGUUCUCCCUCUCCCUCGCAGGUCUGCUGGGCAGCUUCACUGCUCUCCCCGCAUUCGCGCAGGCGCUCGACGGCUACCUCAUCCCCAUCCUCUACUUUCUCUAUAAUCUCGUCCUCCAGGCCCUGUUCUGUCUCGGGAUGAUAUGGAAGAUGAAUCCAGCUGAGAUGCCCCACGGGUUCUGCAUUCUCCAACCCAUCCUCAUGGGUGUUUCCUGGAACUCCCUUGUCUCCCUGACCGCAUGGAUGAGCAUCACUCUCUCGCUCUCUAUCUUCCGUGCCUCUGGAGAUGUCCUAUCCUACACCCGAAGGUAUCGACAGUGGCGUUGGACAUACAUGUUGUUCGGUCUGCUUCCGUUGGCUGCCCUCGUCGCCUACAUCAUCCUCGCUCUCAAGUUUGGUGCCAUCCGCCAGGCCGACGGAAUGAACUGCGAUGCGAACGACCCGGUCUGGGUCCGCCUGUUGAGCUACGCCGGUGCCCCGCUGCUUCUCGCAUUUCCGUCGCUCUUAAUGGUGACCUCUGCAACCUUCCGGCUCUAUAUCCGCACCUCAUAUCACCGACACUCCUUUAUCCGCUCCCGUGACAACUUCACCCACGUCCCCAUCCGCCGACAGCCCAAGCAGAGACCAAGUCAUCCGUGGCAGGAAGCCAAAUCCUCCAACGAGAUUGACAUGGCUGCGCUCUCCCCUACGGAUACAGGUCGUAGCGCGGAAAAUGCAAGCGUAACCCCUUCCGGCACUAUCGUUGGCGACUUCGAAGUCAUACCCACUCCUCCGGACUCCAUAUCCUCCUCCGCCCGCGCACGCAUGAUUGCCGGUCGUGCCCCCGUUAGCCCGGGGGCCAUGAAACCCGGCAUGCGCUACCACCUCCCCUUCCAAUGGCAUCCUCCCUCUCCUCGCGACUCGUUUGGCCCCCUCCGCGACUCCAUAGACAUCGGCACCGCUCGUCAAACCCCCUCACCCCUCGUGUUCGCCUUCCCCGUUGACGAAAGUGGGCAGGUCCCGAACACGACCGUCUCGAUUACGCCCGAUCUAGACAUUGCGGAGCAGCGGAUCUACGACGCUGCGCCGUGGCUCAAGGACGAGAAGGCGUAUAUGCGCCAGAUAGAGUUCAUGACGGCGCGUCGGAAUGGAGACGCGAGCCGGAGCAGAAGCAGGAGCGGGCCCUACGACGCUGUGAUUGCUGACGAAGACGAAGACGAUGUCAGCAGCUCACUAAGAUGGGUGCGGCGUUUGAACGACGACGACAACGCCUCGACGAUGAAGUCUGAGUUAGAGUUUGCGCGCUCCCCGGCGCAGGACGAGUUUGAUAGGACGACGAGAAGACCGUCACCAAGGGAUGCAUCGACAUACGACACCGGCUCCAGUGAACAGCCCAUACCCAACUCGAGGCGAUUAGUCUGGCGCCUCAUAUUCUUCCUCCUGCUUUCAUCUACUGCCCAAAUCGUCGCGACGCUAUCCUCCCUCAUCGUCAUUUUUAUGUCAAUGCCCAAUCUGCCGCCGCUCGGGACCCAUCACGUCGGGCUCCUCAUCGUGGCUUGGGCUCCUGUGGUCUCGUUCGGAGCUCAUCCUGCGGCUCUAUGGACGGACUUCAAGCGUUGGCUUCGACAACAAUGGACAAGUCGGAUCGUACGUUCGUUCCGACCAGACCAUGCUUCCCCCCUCUCCCUCUCUCUCUGA